AUGACCCAGACCACGACCUACAAUGCACCCUUCAGUGCCAAGGUAGACCCUAUCACAGCAAAACUCUCGCCAGAAGCUCGCAUCGAGCAACAAUUGGUACGGAACGCCGACUUUCUGGGUACAAAGGGCCUUCGCAAAGUACGCGAUUCUUUUGUGAUUGUGGUGGGUGCAGGCGGCGUAGGCUCAUGGGCAGCAUUGAUGUUGGCCCGCUCAGGUGUCCAGCGAAUUCGUAUUAUUGAUUUUGAUCAAGUCACUCUUAGCAGUCUUAAUCGCCACGCCGUUGCUACUCUCGAAGACGUCGGUACUUCCAAAGUAUCAGCUAUCCGAAAACAUUUUGAAGCCAUUGCACCAUUUAUCAAACUUGAAACCCGAGUUGAAUUAUUGAGAAACCCUGAUUAUGUUGUCGAUGCUAUUGAUAACAUUGAAACCAAGAUCGAAUUGAUUCAAUACUGCCACGAAAAAAAAAUUAAUGUUGUCAGCUCCAUGGGAUCUGGUGCCAAGGCUAAUCCAUCACUUAUUCAAAUUGCAGACAUUAGUGAAACAUUUGAGGAUCCAUUGGCACGUACCGUACGCCGAAAGUUAAAGAAGGUUGGAAUUGAACACGGAGUUCCUGUUGCAUAUUCUACCGAAAAACCACAUCAUGUCAAGCUAUUGCCAUUAGUAGAAGAGGACCGUGUACAGGAAGCAGAUGACUUUGCUGCCCUUCCAGACUUCCGCUCUCGUAUAUUACCUGUUCUAGGUACACUUCCUAGCAUGUUUGGCAUGUCUAUCGCGACUUAUAUAAUCUUAAAGUUGGCCGAGUUCCCUUCCUUUGAACCAUUGUCUAUCAAACUGCGCAACGGCAUGUACAGUCGGGUGCACAGGGAUCUUAUGAUGAAUGAAAUGAAAUAUUAUGAUAACAAAGUCUGUCCUCUAGAUGUGCAUGAUGUAUCAUAUGUCUUUGAAGAGAUGUGGCAUGGUAAGAGUAUCUUGUCCGGACCUAGUGAUCGGGUAGCACUUGCAAGAUGGGACAGAUCAAAGCCAUUAAGCUACGACAACACUGUGUGCCUCACCAAAGUUGAAAGGACAGCACAUCAAGCUUUGCCUGCAGAUACAGAUCUGUGCAAACACUAUGGAAAAGAUGUAUAUGAUCGUGUUUGCUCCAAGUUUGCUCAAGAGAGACGUCUUCAAGAUCUCUGGGAUGAUGUUCUAUAA